CAUUUCAACACAACACAUUGUCCUUUGUGCAGCGUCUGUUCUUUCCAUCGCUUCACAACGACUUGUUCUCUUGUUCUCUUCCCACAAGCACAAGCUCUGCAUCCGUUACUACAUCUUGGUUCUUGUCAAUGCCUUCAGUGCAUGUGAAGAAAGGAGAAGUGAGGAGGGGGCGCAGGCUGUGAGGUGAGAAUGAUGAGCCUGCGCUCAGCAGCAGACACAGAGUUUUGUGCUCCUGUGGCAAAACAACAACAACAACAACAACGACCAAAAACCACUGCUGCUUCGACAACGACGACGAUGGGCAUCUACAGCGUGUAUGUGAUCAACAAGGCGGGGAGCCUGCUGUUCUCGGGCGACUAUGCGCCCAUUCCGAGCAUGGAUGCCAACAGCAGACUACGGCUCGCCGGCCUCUUGCAUGGGUUGACGACAUUUGCUGGCAAGCUUUCGCCUGUUGAUGACCAGUCUGGGAUUGAGGAGAUUGAGGGUGACGGCUUCAGAUUAGAACGCUUCCAGCCACUAUCAGGCAUGCAGUUUGUCGUGCUCUGUGAUACACAACAAGGCCCUCUGAAGCCCUUUCUCCGCAAAUGCCACCGACUCUACGCCGACUUUGUCCUCAAGAACCCCUUCUACUCCAUCGAUAUGCCAAUCAGGUGUGAGCUGUUUGACACGCAUCUCAAAGCCGCCGUGGAGGAAAUCAAUCGAUCCUAACUAACGUCGCUGCUUGCCUUGCUCCAACCACCCUGCUGUUGCCGUUACGCCCUUGCUCGCCUUCGUUUCUUGGUACAUGCGAAAUGAACUGUCUAUUGCCAACACAACCAUGCAAAACAACAAAGACAUGCCCACACAGGGCAAGACAC